GCUUCCGUAUUCAUCUCCACAGCCAAAACAUACCCAUGUCUGACUAGCGAUUUCAAUCAUGGAUGAAUAUUCUCGUGUGAAAUCUACAAAGCUAGUUUUAAAGGGGCAAAGCAAGGGAAAGAAAAAAAAGCACAAGGAUAAGAAGAGAAAAGCUGAAGAUGGCGCAGGCAAACUGGAUAUUGUUGGUGGCUGGUGGGUGGUCAAGCGAUUUGGAGAAAUUACUGGGACAGUUGCCAUAGAGAUGGAGAAUAACGCUUAUGUCCAUGCAUUGGACACAGGACUCUUCACACUCGGAGCUCCACACCCAGAUGACGAAGGACCUGAUCCUCCAGAGCAGUUUACCGCCAUUAAACUGUCCGACACGAGGAUUGCUCUGAAGUCUGGAUAUGGGAAGUAUUUGGGGAUCAACUCAGAGGGUUUGGUGGUGGGACGCUCUGAUGCCAUCGGUGCCAGAGAACAGUGGGAGCCAGUGUUUCAGGAUAAUAAAAUGGCUCUACUGGCUGCCAAUAGCUGCUUCAUCUCCUAUAGUGAAGGCGGGGACAUCGAGGCCAAGAACAAGACUGCGGGAGAGGGCGAGAUGGUGAAGAUUCGGACCAAUACGGAGAAGGAGGUGAAGCAGAAGGAUGACUUGGCAGAUGAAGACAGGGGGAAUGUCAAGUCCUGUGAGGUCAAUUAUGUAAAGAAGUUCCAGAGUUUCCAGGAUCGCCGGCUCAGGGUCAAUGAGGAAGACUCCACUACGUUAAAGAAAGCCAGAGUGGAUGGGAAGUUUCAUGAGGCUCUGUUGGACAGGAGGAGUAAAAUGAAAGCAGACAGGUACUGCAAGUGAAGACAUGGUGAAGACAAGGAGCAGUUUGUUAUUAUUAUUAUUGUUUUUAUUUCUUUGUGGAAAUUAUGUUUUUAAUAAACAAUACAU